CCUUCGAGCGCGAUUGUCGCCGGUUCGUACGUGAAACGCGCUCGUUCGUACGUUCUUUGUGGUAUCCGCGCCACAGACCACGUGGUAUCCGCGUUUCGAUACUCGAUCGCGGCGCGCGCGAAUCUUCGAAAUUCGAAGCUACUUCGCGUGUCUUCUUCGAGUUUCGCGUUCACAGUUACACCGGUUCUUAAGGAUAAAAUAAUUGACAGCCAAAGAACGUCACGCGAUAACGAAUUUAUCGAAAUUCGAGCUUUCAACGAGUGCGAGUGACAUGUUAGCGAGGAGUGACCAUUGAUUUCCUGUAUUCCUGUUCACGUUCGCAAGUGCGUGCCAGUGCGGUGAUAUGUCCAGAAGGAAGCAGGCAAAGCCUCGAUCACUCAAACGGGACGAAGAGUGGGACGACGGUAACGAGCAGAAUGUCCUGGAGGCGGCCGAACAGGAUAACGAAACGACAGCGAUUAAGCAGAAUGAUGAGGAGGAAGAGGAAGAGGAAGAGCUACAACGAGCGUUCAGCCGUCAGUCAGAAGAUUAUCUGCAGGAUGGCAGGUCAACUUCCGUCCAAGGUCCGGAUUUGGAAAAUCAGAAUAGUCUUGACAGUGAGGCCCUAGAAACCGGAAGUUCCUCGUGGCAUAGCGAGGAUGGUGGACCCAACUCGCGUCGCGGAGGCGAGACGCCGUCCUCCUGCGCAACGCCGACGUCGGCCAGCUUUCCGUCAGAGCCUGAGGUCGACGCUGACGUUGGCGCCAAUCCCGACGGCAAUAAUCCCGCCGCUCCCUAUCCUUGCCAAUUCUGCGACAGAACAUUCCCUCGACUCAGCUAUCUGAAGAAACACGAACAGAGCCAUGGUGAUCAGAUGCCGUAUCGAUGCAGUUGGUGCAAUAGACUGUUCAAGCACAAGCGCAGUCGCGAUCGUCACGUGAAGCUGCACACCGGGGACAGGCGAUAUCGUUGCUCGAAAUGUGAGGCCGCCUUCUCCAGAAGUGAUCACUUGAAAAUCCACUUGAAGACGCACGACACCGACACCCAGAGGCCUUAUCAAUGCACGGCUUGUACGAGAGGCUACAGCUCAGCCGCAGCCUUAACCUCGCACAUGCAGUCUCACAAGAAACAUCACCAAUCAUCGUCCUCCCAAUCGGUCGGCAAGCUCCAAGACGUCGAUUAUGGUAGAAGAAGCGUCUCCUCGCACAGCACAUCGUCACCGCCGAUACCAUCAUCGCCGUCGCCAUCGUUAAAUUUUAGUCUAAACCCGAGGAACGUUCUGAAGACGUCGCAGGGCACUGGUAGCACCUCCACUACGCCGAUUCUCAAUUCGCCUUUGAAGUUGGCCUGCAUGUACUGUACUCGCGACUCGUUCAGCUGUAUGCAACAAUUACAGAUGCACGUGCGCACGAUGCACCAGGCGAUCCUUAGCGGUACAGAGAGCUUGCCGCGGCCGCCGUCUCCAAACAGAACAUCGAACGAACAGCAAACAACGGUGUUCUGCUCGCGCGACAAACCUCUCGAUCGCCAGGAUUGCUUGAAGGACUUACGCUCGGACCGAAAAUACCCGCCCGAGGAGAGAGCCGACAGGCCUGCCGGCGAACGAGAUCACUAUGAGAACGCAUUCACUUGUAAUCAAUGCACCAUGAAAUUCUCCACCCUGGCCUGCUUGCGCGAACAUUCGUUGUCGACACAUCGAGUGGACGAUGGUUUCAGCGCGACGAUGGUGAUAUGUCCACUUUGUGGCAUUCCGUGCACUUCGACGGCAGCCUACGCCGAACACUACGUUCUCCAACAUUGCGAGAAUCGUCGUCCUGCACUGACGACCGGUAUAGAUUACAGCGAGACGAAACUGAACGGUGGCAUAUACAACAAUACUCCAGCGAGAGACUCUAGAAUAUCGAGAAGCAAGGAUGUCCCGGAGGCCGCUGAUCUCACGAACAAACGUCCGAUUCGGCCAUCCGCGGACGCCGCUGGUGCUUAUACCACUGACACCCUGCUCUGUGGUCAGUGCGACGCCGCGCUCAAGGAUUUUGAAUCUUUUCGCGAACACGUGGCCCGCCAUUUGCAAGCCGACCAUCGCAAUCAAGAGAUAUCCAACAGACAACACCUAUGUCCCAAAUGCGAAACCGUUUUUCCCGCACGCGAGGACAUGCUAGCCCACCUGACCAAGCACUAUCUGGGCCAGAUCAGUAAGGAAUUCGCAUGCGGCGCUUGCAAGAAAUUCUAUCCGCAUCCGGAUCAACUUCAGAGACACUUGCUGGAUGCCCACGCUCAUCAUUUGUACCGUUGCGCUCUGUGCCGGGACACGUUCGACUCCAAGGUGGCGAUACAGGUCCAUUUCGCGGUCAAACACAGCCAGGAGUGUCGGAUCUACCGAUGUAAUGUAUGCACGUCGUCCAACAAUGAGAACUCACCGCCGGGGACUAACGCGACGCCCGGUGAUGGCAGAAACUUCUUCAGAAGCGAAGCCGAAAUGGCAGCUCACGUGCGUAAUGUACACGCGCCUCCUCCCGUCGCGCCGUCCUUGAUGAACAGCAGUCCUGUCGGUGCCAUAACAAGGAGUCCGGCCUCAACGCCCGGUGUCAUCGCGACGCGUUGCGUCUUCUGCGGGACUUGCUGCAGUUCGGAGCUCGAGCUUCAGCUUCACUUGGCCAGCCACUCGGCCAAUCUUUAUAGAUGUCCCAUCUGCAGAGAAGGUUUUGCGGUGGAAUUCCUAUUGGAUCGUCACGUUGCUCAGGUUCAUCAUCAGGCAGUGCAAGCCGACCAGACGUCAUCAGUCAGAAACAGAGAAAACGGACGUGUUCAUCGACCGGUUAAAAGUCAGGAAGAAACGAAAUCUCUGAAGAGAGGCCGUUCGCCAGCUUCAAGUAACAACAAUUCCCUGAAUCAGCGUGACAAUAAUAACAAACGUUCAAAUUAUGGCAUGAAUUCCAGUCAGCAGUGCGAACUUUGCGAACGCGGUGAAUUUGCGAACGAAGCUGAGUUGCAAGCACACAAGAAAUUCGCCCACACGCCUUCCAAGCUUUCCAACAAGACUGUAUCUUCUUUGAGCAUAACGUGCGGCUAUUGCGGCGAAGUCUGCCGUUCGCGAAGCGAACUGGAAUCUCAUACGAGGAUUCAACACGCAUCCAACGAGCCGGGUGGACGUCACAAGUGCAACAUCUGUGAUGAAGUGUGUCCGUCGGGCGCAAGUCUGGCAGAACACAAGCUCCAAAAACAUUGCAAAAUUCAAUUGAGCGACACGUGCGUGGUAUGUCGCGGCUGUCUCACGUCAGAGAGCCAGUUCCUGGAUCAUGUACAAAGACACAGCCUGGAGAACGUGGAUCCGCAACAACGGCUGGACAAUACGCUGCCUCAUCUGCCUGCGCCAUGCGUCGUUUGCCGACAGACGCUGAUCAGCGAUCUGGAAUGUCGUUUGCACGCGCGGCAUCACCUACGAACAUCUUCGGGAUCACGUAGCGCCGGUUCCAGUCCCACCAAUCCUGGUGGCAGUAAAAGCCAAAAUGAAGGUUGCUGCCUGUGCCUGCGCGAUUUUGCAGCCGAGGACUUUGUCAAUUUACCACCCAAUCCUACCAGUACAAGCGGACAGCUGCUCAGAGUUUGCAAACCAUGCUACAUGAGACAUUCUCAGGGACUGCCUAUUCUGAAUUCGACAACCUAUGAGCAUCGGGCCAAGUACGAGACGGCUUGGCUUGCGAGCAAGGAUGACCAAUGUGAUGAAUCCAAGGACAAGUGGGAACAUGAGAGAAGACUCAAGGUAGAGGAUCGAUCGAGGAAUGAAGGAAUUACGAGUAAUAAACGGUGCGACGAGUGCGGUGUAAAGUUCGAAGAUCCGGAAGAGGCGAAAAAACAUAAGAUCGCCGAGCACGAAAAGGCUGUCAGUAGUGGCUCGAAUAACUAUACCUGUAUACAGUGUCAAGUGUCGUUUCCAACUGAAGCCAAAAUUCAGCAACACGUAAAAAAAGAACACUUAGAGGCAUCCAAAACAUCCUUGGAGGCUCUACGGUGCCACUUGUGCUUAUUCGAAGCUGCUAGUCCUAUGCAACUGCAAAUUCAUUUAAUAGAGCACACUUUCGCUGGUUGUGCUGCUCUUAGCUGUUAUAUCUGCCAGUCGCUCUUCACAACUCCCAUUGGCCUUCAGAAUCAUAUGCUGCAGGAGCAUGGACUGGACGCGCGACCAUACGAUUGCUCCAAAUGCACCCUCAAAUUUUUCUUUAGCGCCGAAUUGGAUCACCACGUAUUGACCUUCCACCGUCUAAGAGAAGAGGUUCACUCUACAUUGGUCGAAAACGCUCACGAGACGAAAAGUCGCAAAGAGAAGCGCGACGGCGACACUAUAACGGUGAAGAAAGAAGUGAUGCAAAGAAGUGGCAAGGAAGAAGAGAAGGAGGAGGAACAGGAGGAAGAAGAAGUAAACGUGGACGAUCAAGUAGGACACAGACAACACGAGGAAACUAUACAAGAGGAACAGAAGCUGAAGAUAGAAAUAGACAACGAGAUAUCCAGCAGAACGGAAUCGUGACUUUCUUCGGUCAGCAUUACACUUUGUUCCAUUCUAGGACUAAUUGAUUAUUAGAAACUUGUUAUCCAAUUGUUAAGUGCUAUCGUCAAUAAGCAACUAAUAUUCUUUACGAUGAAGUCCCUUACACUGAGAAGAAAUUUGUUAAGUUGAUUAAAUUUUUUGACUUUAUUAAGUUUCAAGAUAAUAAUAAAAUUUUGAAAUUGUCAAGGAUAAACAAUUAAAAGGUGAGAGUGUACUUGCGGGUAUUAGUGCGCUAUAUUCUUAUACAAAAAAUUACCGAUUAUAUUCAAUAAUCAGCUGUUUCAGUUCCUUUUUUGGGCCGUCUUCACACUAAUGCAAAUUUCUAAAAUCUUUAUGGUAAAAUAAUCGAGUACUUCUCCAUUAUUAAUCCUAUCGCUGAUACGUGAUUGGAAGGUCAAGUGGCAAUGAAUAAAGAACCAAGAUUCUAUCAUUACUCUAUAAGUGAGGUGAUCAAAUAAUUAACAAUUACCACGAUAAAUUUCGGAAAGCGAUGGCUCACCAAAUGAGUUAGGUAAUGUACAUUCAAAAUUUGUUAAGAUAUACAUCUUUUAGUCAUGUAAAUGUGAAAUUUCGCAAUGCAAAGUACUGAUUCAUACAACAAUGAAAUGAGCCGCUGAUCAUAAACACGUUAAAUUUCGCAGAAAAACAAGAUUAUACAUGAUGUCAAUAACAUUAAGAAAGAGCAUAAAUAAAUAUUGAGAACAUAAAAUA